CUGCCCCAGGCGAUCGCCUAGGUCGCCCUGGCUGCAGCUGGAGAUAAUUUAGAGACCUCCCAUGUCCACACCGCCAUGCAGAACGUGUGCACAUAACCAACGACAGUCGACAUGGAUAUUUGAAUGCGACCAUACUGCAUGGAUCUUAAAGGUGUACAGUAGGUAUUGGCAGAAUUUCCUCUUGCCCAAGAGCACAAUGUGGGCAAAUACAACUUGUUCGUCUGACAAAUGCCUCUCACUAGCACUGGACGUGAGGGUAAUAUCUACGUAGCACUUAGGUUAGUGUUCAUACAUGGACUUAAGGAAGUUGAUAGUACAUCAUUGUGUUGUAUUGAAUGGGUUCAUGUCUGGUACCCGCUAGGGGAAGGGUAACCUAGGCACACUGAAGGAAGGUUACCCUCCCCAAACUAAAAGAAGGGUACCCUACCCAAACUGAAGGAAGGGUACCCUAGCCACACUGAAGGAGGGGGACCCUCCCCAAAUUGAAGGAAGGGGACCCUCCCCACAUUGAAGGAAGGGGACCCUCCCCACGCUGAAGGAAGGGUACCCUAGCCAAACUGAAGGAGGGGGACCCUCCCCAUACUGAAGAUCCAGCGUCAAAACCAGCCUGCUGAUGCUGUGAUUUAGCUGCUGCUCCUGCUCAUCAGUCUAACAGCAGUCUGAAGCUGUAUCAACCAGCUCUUUGUUAAAUACAGGCUAAUAGACCCGAACACAAAUCUGUAAUUUAACCAGUGUGCUAGCACACAGGACAACAUGAGCAACUAUCCUGGAUAACCCCAUGGAUAACAACAGAUUAAUGAAGCUAUCAGGCUAGCUGUCCAGAGGCUAACGUCAGCUCGUUAGCCGCUCAGGACAUUCUUCCACAUCAUACGUCUUGUAUUCUGCUCUUACCUCAUAGUCAAAUUUCCAUUAUAUUAUUUGAUAAAGUAGAUCCCAGUGAAAUGAUGUAACCAUACAACGUAUAACCUUCGAAUACGCUUUUAAUUCACCAAAGUCCUUUCCUGUGAAUAUCUCAGAUCCGAAAUCCCGACCGAGGGAGAGCUGGAAAAUGGGGUAAUGAUCGUGGGAUAUCGCGAGAUUUCACAGAAAUUAAUCCAGUCGGUCCAGCAGUUGGCGCUGUUGCCAACAGCCCCCAUGUCUGUAGAGAACAAGAAGAAGAAGGCAGAUGGGUGGACCCAGAGCUGGGUGGACCCAUGGGUGGACCGAAUCGCGCUGCUCAAAAGAGACGGUUUGGCGUAAGAGUAAUUCAUGAGUGAGUUCACUGAGUUGUCUCUGCCAAGCAUAGGGUAAGGUUUACCAAUAUGAAGGGUUUGUACUGCCGACUCGGACAGACUGAUGCGGACACCAAGUUUGUUAUUCAGGAGAUGUCUCUCCCAGCCAAUGUAGACAGUCACCAGGUCAGGGUUAAGAUGAAGGCAUGUGGACUCAGUCCUCUCGACCUCAAGCUGCUAGUUGACCUAGGUAUCCAGAGGGAUUUGAUUCCGGUUGGUCGAGAGAUAGCAGGGGUCGUCCUGCAAGUUGGCUCCCUUGUGUCGUCCUUCCACCCAGACGAUGAAGUUGUAGGUAUUCUGCCUUUGGAAUACCCCUGGUCUGGACUGUGUGAUGUAAUCGAUGUUGAUGAACACCUUCUUGUACACAAGCCAGAAAAGUUGAGCUGGAUAUGCGUUGCAGGAGCAAUACGUGAUGGAGUGUGUGCCUAUACGGCCCUACACACACACGCCCGAAUGGCCGCUGGACACACACUCUUGGUCAUGGACGGAGCCAGCACAUUUGGCCUCCUGUGUAUCCAGCUCGCAAGUUACCAUGGAGUCAAAGUGCUGGCAACCUCACACACGCCGGAGCAACACACAUUCCUUGAAAAACUACAGACAAGUUUAGCCAGGGUGAUUCCAGUGUUUGAAGGGUCUUCGGACCUGCUUUCAGAUGUUCUAGAGGAAACCGGGGGAUUAGGCGUGGACAUAGUCAUAGACACUGGAGUACGUCUCCAGGAAGAUGAAGGGUCAAAUGGAAAUCGCCUCCCUCACAAGCAUGAGGUCAUCAGCGUACUGGGAGUUGGGGGUCACUGGGUGACAUCACACCAGGAGCUGCAGCUGGAUCCUCCAGAUUGCCGACUGCUCCACUUGAAGUCGGCCUCUGUGACUUUCCUCAACCAGGAAGUCUGGACCGCUUCGACUGUGCAACAAGGACGAUAUCUCCACAUUCUGAAGGACAUAAUGGAGAAGAUGUCUUCUGGAAUACUCGGACCCGAGCCUGAGGAGGCGGUCCCUCUGCAGGAUGCCACUGUUGUCAUGGAGAUGGUCCAGCGUUGCGAGAAAAAGAGUGCUAUAGUUCAGUUCUGACAUCGCACGCUGGUAUAGGAUGCUAAUCCAAUCAAUUCCUCCGCUAAUCACUUUAAUACCCUACAUUUGACACCAUAGAGACUUUCUGGACUCCAUUGGAUCAAACAAAGGGCAUGUUGGUUUACACAUGUUUUGAUUACGAUAGCAAAUUGCAACUAGUGCAAUUUGACAAUACUGAAGAUAAUAACCCAUGGAAAAAACAUUUGAAUAUCUUCAAUUCCGAAUAACUGUUCCAUACAACUGUUUAAGCUGCUGUGUGUGUGUGUGUGUGUGUGUGUGUGUGUGUGUGUGUGUGUGUGUGUGUGUGUGUGUGUGUGUGUGUGUGUGUGUGUGUGUGUGUGUGUGUGUGUGUGUGUGUGUGUGUGUGUGUGUGUGUGUGUGGAUAUAGGUUUUUGUUUUCUUUUUCCUGAUGAUCCCAACCCCUGAUCACUAAUCUAUGUAACUUCAGAUGGUGUGGCUUCAAUGAAGAUGGCUGUUGGGUCUAAUCUAAUGUAUGGCUGUUAAAUGACUCCUGUCCCCACAUGUGGUUUAAUGUCCAUGUGAAAUAAAAGUACUUUGUGUAUCCGUCUACCUUUUCAGAAACCUAAUACUUUUUUUCUAUUUCUAUUUGUUUUUACGGUAUUACAACGUUUCUCAAAUGUGUUUUUUGUCUAUUUCAUUGAAUUAAUGUUGUUAUUUUGAGAACAGCCUGGUUGUGAUAGGCUUGUGAUACCUAGUGAGAUCCAUAGGUACAAUCCACACCGGAACCAGCAGGAUGUGUGUGUCUCACCUGUUCUCCCCACCAAGUUGCUCAGUGGGAUGGGCAACAGAAUUUGAGUCUGGUAACAACGCUUCGAGAAUGGGAAAUAUAUGGCGGAUUGACUCCAUCCUGUUUGAAUUCAUCCAUUGUGGUAAGCAGGUAUCUGAGGUGGGACAUUUUGAGUUCUUAGCUCAGUGAUCUUAGUUGAUCCUAGUUAUUGUAACAUGCAGUAAAUUGAUAGGGCAACAGAGGAGACAUAUUUGCUACAUGUAUAGUUAUUUUGAAGUGUGAGGGAACUUUUCAGGACUCUCGGGUUCUAAAUAGCUAAUAUAUUAUUAAAUUCGUACGAAGACAGAGACAUUUAACAAUGUGAAAUCUACUAGCUUUGUUCAAUUAAUAUUUGUUAUAACACAAAAAAUGUGGAGAGAACAGGUUUCUUGCAUGUUCAGAUCGUGCUAUUUCUUUCUACUGCAUAAAUGUCCCGAGGGUCAGUGUGUCAUAGAGGCCCGCAGGGUCAAUAGGAUCCCCAUUGUAACCUUAUCCCUGGUUCCACUAGACUAGACAAACCAGCACACACAGGCCUACAGAGUAAACAAAGUGCUAUCUACGUUUAUUUCUGACUUUCUAUGUUUGGAACUAAAUAACAUGCAUAGGGGUUCAGU